GUCAUCCAGAAAAAUAAAAAUAAAAAAUUCGGUUCCGCCUGUCCUUUGGGUUAAUUGCAGGGCGUGCUUUGCUGUCUUUUUAUCUUUUCUCUUCUUUUCUUCUUUUUCAUUCAUUUCCCCCUCACUCACUCACUCACUGAACGUGUCAAAGAAGCCAUUACUCACGAGACGAGAGAAAGCAAUGGGCGUGUCAAUACAACAACGAUUACGCCAUUGGCUAACCAUACGCAAUAUCAGCCACGUAUUCCUCUUUGCCCUCACCCUGACGAAUGGCAUCAUCAUCCAGUCGCCCCCGUGGUACGUGCGCUUGGCACUUGGCAUCGUCUUGGCUGGCUCCACCAUGGUGCCUUAUCUCAAACACUUUAGUGUCCCGGCCAUGCCUGUCUUUGGGUACCUCAUCCUCUUCUAUGCCGUGCAAUUCAUCCCCACCGACUGGCGACCGCAGCACAUCUUUGUCAACAUCCUGCCAACCCUUGAACGGAUCCUCUACGGCGCCAAUUUAUCCGAACUCAUCUCAAGCCAUCAACACCCAGCACUUGACAUUAUCGCAUGGCUGCCUUACGGCAUUGUUCACUAUUCGCUGCCUUUUCUCUUUGCCUUGAUUCUGUUUGUCUUUGGCCCGCCUGGCUGCUUGGAUGUGUUUGCGUUGACGUUCGGUUGGAUGAACGUAUUCGCUGUGCUUACUCAGAUAUGCUUUCCCAAUGCCGCGCCUUGGUACGAAAUGACCUACGGCUCAGCUCCAGCAGACUACUCGAUUCAUGGCGAAGCAGGUGGAUUGGCCCGAAUUGACAAGAUCCUUGGACUCGAACUCUAUGGCUCCUCGUUUGGCCACUCGCCCUUGGUCUUUGGCGCCUUUCCCUCGCUUCACUCGGCCGAUGCCACGCUGACGAUGUUGUUUCUCUUUUACCUCAAACGCAAACUCUGGCCAUUGUGUCUCCUCCACGUUGUCUGGAUGUGGUGGGCCACCAUGUACUUGACACACCACUACCUGAUUGAUUUGGUCGGCGGCUCCAUGUUUGCACUCUGCGCCUUCUUUGUUUCCCGCCCAUUUCUCCCGCCCCUGGAUCCGAAUUGCCGUACUCGACUCGCUUACCUCGGUUUCACGAAAAUCAGCCUUGGUGCUUUUGUACGCAGUAUUGAGCGCGACCGUCCUCGCCGCCGCCGCCAUGCCGAUAAAGAAGCCAGCGGUCGUGAUGGUGAUGAAGAAGCUCUCUUGAUGAAACAAGAAGACGACGAUGCAGACAUGCUCAAUGAUGGGUAUGACGACGUGGUGACAGCCGUGGUGGUGGAAGACGGAUAUCCUUUGCAGAGUCGGCCAGUGUCGCUCGUUUCCUCGGCUAUUUCAACUUCUUCGUCCUCAGCCAGCCUGAAUUCGCCGAGGUCAACUUCUCUUGAGCUUGUUUCUCCGACAAAAUAAGGCGGAGCUAUCAUCAUCCUUUUACUUUUCGCACGUACACACAUAUAUUCCCACUCAAUCAAUCACUCAAUCACUCAUGUUUCUUGCUUGUCUCUUAUCAUUGUAACACUACCAUUAUUACUACUACUACUUCUACUACUACUAUUGUAAUCUCUAAUAUCUUCUAACUCCUCCCUUUUCGCUUUAUCAUACACGUAGUUCUCCAUUUGCAUAUCUUGUAUACUUGUUAAUAACACUUGCCCUGCAUAUCAGCUUCCUCCGCCAUAUCAUCAAUAAACCACGUAAUAGUUAUGUCUGCCAAUCUCGAUGGCUUGCAUGAAAAUCAAUAGAGAAA